AUGUCGUCUUUGCCAGGAACGGUACCACGGAUGAUGCGACCCGCGCCCGGACAGAACUACCCCCGCACCGGCUUCCCGCUGGAAGUUUCGACUCCUUUAGGCCAAGGCCGGGUGAACCAGCUCGGCGGAGUGUUUAUCAAUGGAAGGCCCUUGCCAAACCACAUCCGUCAUAAGAUCGUGGAGAUGGCCCACCAUGGCAUCCGACCCUGUGUCAUCUCCAGGCAGCUGCGAGUCUCCCACGGCUGCGUCUCCAAAAUCCUCUGCCGGUACCAGGAAACUGGCUCCAUCCGGCCUGGAGCCAUCGGAGGGAGUAAACCCAGGCAGGUAGCAACGCCUGACGUGGAGAAACGAAUCGAGGAGUACAAAAGAGAAAAUCCCGGCAUGUUUAGCUGGGAGAUCCGCGAUAAGCUGUUGAAGGACGGUGUGUGUGACAGAAGCACAGUACCUUCAGGUGAGGCCUCAUCUGUGAGUUCAAUAAGCCGAGUUCUCCGAGCUCGAUUCGGGAAGAAAGAUGAGGAGGACGACUGCGAUAAAAAAGACGAAGAUGGAGAAAAGAAAACAAAACACAGCAUCGACGGCAUCCUCGGUGACAAAGGCAGUCGGAUGGAUGACGGUUCAGACGUGGAGUCGGAGCCCGACCUUCCCCUGAAGAGGAAGCAGAGGAGGAGUCGCACAACCUUCACCGCAGAGCAGCUGGAGGAGCUGGAGAAAGCUUUCGAGAGAACCCACUACCCUGACAUCUACACAAGGGAGGAGCUGGCCCAGAGGACCAAACUCACUGAGGCCCGUGUCCAGGUCUGGUUCAGCAAUCGAAGGGCGAGGUGGCGCAAACAAGCGGGAGCAAACCAGCUAGCAGCGUUCAAUCACUUGUUACCAGGCGGAUUUCCUCCCACAGGGAUGCCCACGCUACCGACGUAUCAGCUCCCCGAGUCCAGCUACCCCACAACCACACUAUCACAAGACGGGAGUGGCACGGUCCACCGUCCCCAGCCCUUGCCGCCGUCCACCAUGCACCAGGGCGGUCUGCCCAGCGCAGACAGCAGUUCGGCUUACGGCCUCUCCUCCAGCAGACACGGCUUCUCCAGCUACCCCGACACCUUCAUGAGCUCAGCGGCUCCGAGCAACCACGUCAACCCGGUCAGCAAUGGCCUCUCUCCACAGGUGAUGAGCAUCCUGAGUAACCCCAGUGGCGUUCCCUCGCAGCCGCAGCACGACUUUUCCAUCUCGCCACUCCACGCCAGUCUGGACUCCUCCUCGUCCAGCGCCAUCUCAGCCAGCUGCAGCCAGCGCUCGGCCGAGGCCUCCAUCAAGACAGUGGACAGCCUGCCCUCCUCUCAGUCCUACUGCCCCCCGACCUACAGCACCACCAGCUACAGUGUGGAUCCGGGAGCCGCCACCGCUGGAUACCAGUACAGCCAGUACAGCCAAACUCCCUACUGUCCUUUGUGUGUUUCAGCUGCUGUGGAUUACCUGGCCAAGAAUGUCAGCCUGACCACCCAGCGCAGGAUGAAGCUAGGGGACCAUUCGGCCGUGCUAGGACUCCUACAGGUGGAGACGGGGCAAGCCUACUAG